GGCCUGUCCGGCUCGCGGGUUCGUCUCCAGACGAGCAGGAGGGGGGGAGGCCGCCGCGGGCCGCCGAGCCGCUCGGCUUUUCUUAGGCUGAGCAGAGCUCCAGCUGUGUGUUUUCUCUCCCCUAAAGGGCAGCCUAAGUUCCGCUCGAGACCCUCGGCAUGGGGAAAGACUAUUAUGCCAUUCUGGGGGUCGAGAGAGGCGCGUCCGAGGACGAGAUUAAGAAAGCGUACCGCAAGCAGGCCCUCAGGUUCCACCCGGACAAGAACAAGUCUCCCCAGGCCGAGGAGAGAUUCAAGGAGGUGGCCGAAGCCUACGAAGUUCUGAGUGACCCCAAAAAGAAAGAGAUCUAUGAUCAGUUUGGGGAGGAGGGUUUAAAAGGAGGAGCUGGUGGGACUGACGGACAAGGAGGUACCUACCGGUACACCUUUCACGGGGAUCCUCAUGCCACGUUUGCAGCAUUUUUCGGUGGUUCCAGCCCUUUCGAUGUCUUCUUUGGUAGAAGAAUGACUAGUAGAGACCCUGAAGACAUGGAAGUAGACGGUGAUCCUUUCAGUGCCUUUGGCUUCAGCAUGAACGGCCUUCCCAGGGACAGGAACCCAGUGGGCCCGUCCCGGCUCAGGCAAGACCCCCCCGUCAUCCACGAACUGAAAGUGUCUCUUGAAGAAAUCUACAACGGUUGCACCAAACGGAUGAAGAUUUCCCGAAAAAGGCUGAACCCGGAUGGGAGAAGCGUUCGAAUAGAGGACAAAAUUCUCACCAUCGAAAUCAAAAAGGGCUGGAAAGAAGGAACCAAAAUCACUUUUCCCAGGGAAGGAGACGAAAUGCCCAACAGCAUCCCCGCAGAUAUUGUUUUUGUCAUUAAAGACAAGUCGCACACCCAGUUUAAGAGGGACGGAUCAAACAUUCUCUAUCCUGUUCGGAUCAGCUUACGGGAUGCCUUGUGUGGCUGCUCAAUCAACAUCCCCACGAUAGAAGGAAGAACCAUCCCUAUGACGAUCAACGAAGUUGUGAAGCCCGGAAUGAGGAGGAGAAUUAUAGGCUACGGACUGCCGUUCCCCAAAAACCCUGACCAGCGGGGCGACCUGCUCAUCGAAUUCGAAGUGAACUUCCCGGACAGCCUGCCGGCCGCCUCCAAAGACGUCCUCCGGAAGCACCUGCCCGCCUCCUAGGAGGAGGAAGAAGUCCGUUUGUCCUCGGGGCUGCGGCCGAAGGCGGGCACCCGGUGGCUGGAACACGUACCAUGUGGGGUCGUGCCUCGAGAGCGCAGCCAUGAGCAGGACUGGAGGGUCAAAUAAAAGGGCGAGAGGGGAUUGGGCAGUUCAGCAUGGAGAGGAAAAGCACUUACUGUAUUUUUUUUCUUCAUUCACAAUCUUGCAUCCAUGUAAAAUGUAGUUGUUUUGUGAUGCUAGUGUACAUAUUGCUAAUAAAGUACGCGAAUAUA